AUGGUAUUGCAGAUUCAAGUCGACACAGCGAGCUCUAGCUCCAACCCAUCUGCUACAGUUUCGUACGCAUUUUUGGGCGGCUCGUCCGGGGGCAUUUUGUCGCUGGACCAAUCCCAGAUGCUCUCCGCCACAGCAGUAUCGUCGUUUCCCAGGUUUUCAAGAUCCGCUUCACCUAGCAGUGGCACUGAGUCGCUGACAUCUACGCUGUCGGGAGCCAUAUCAUCAAGUACGGGUGCGUCGUCGAGCGUACCGAAAACCACAGGCACAAGCACGAGCGCGAGCACGAGCACGAGUACCAGUGCCUCGCAAGCAGCGUCCUCGACGGCGUCGGUGCAGUCGUCCAGUGCUGCCGGAUACCGAGCACCGGUGCCUGGUUUCAACGGCCCUAACUGGAAAUUGGGCACUGCCAUUACGCUGCUGGCAGUGUGCGGUGCUCUAACGGUUUAA